AUGACCGACAAUCUAGCCUCGUUGCCGCCGUGGACGGACGAAAAGGUUACUGCCAUCCCCGGCACUCCCGCCUCCAUAACCGACACGUCGACCAAAUCGGCGGAGUUGGACGACAAUUAUGACCUGUAUAAGCGAAGCGAUGAGCAAGAGCUCGACCUCGCCGAUUCCAAGCGUGUCCUCCGCAAGCUCGACCUGCGGAUUGUCCCGAUUCUCUUUCUGAUCUAUCUAAUGCAAUAUCUUGACAAGAAUGGCAUCAACUAUGCCAGUGUUUAUGGAUUGCAGAAAGGCACGCACCUGCACGGGCAAGACUAUUCAUGGCUUGGAUCAAUCUUCUAUUUCGGCUACUUAUGGGCUCAAUAUCCAGGUGGCUACCUGCUGCAACGGCUGCGUAUCGGCAAGGUGAUUGGGGCGACCACGACCUUCUGGGGCAUCAUCCUCAUCACCACCCCAGCAUGUUCGUCCUUUGCGGGAAUGGCUGUUAAUCGUUUCCUGUUGGGAUCGUUUGAAGCUAUCGUCAACCCAGGAUUCAUCCUUAUCAUGUCGAUAUGGUACACUUCGGCGGAACAGCCGUUGAGAUUGGAGUCCUACUAUUGCACAAAUGGUAUCGCAACCAUGUUCGGCGGCUUGAUCGGAUACGCCGUCGGACACAUCAAAACGGGACUGCCACGCUGGAUGUAUGUGUUCCUCAUUUUUGGAAGCAUCAGCAUUGCCCUCGGAAUAGCGGCCAUGAUCUUCCUACCAGACCUGCCAUCCACCGCCAAAUUCCUGACCGACGAGGAGAAGCUUAUAGCAGCAAAGAGGGUGUCGGCGAACCGACAAGGGAUCAAGAACCGACACUUCAAAAUGUACCAGGUGCGGCAAACGCUGCAAGACCCGAAGACGUGGAUGCUGUUUGUCAUGGCGGUCGGUGCGCAGGUGCCCAAUGCUGCCAUCACCCAGUUUACCAGCUUGGUGAUCAAGUCCUUCAGUGUCGAUACUUUGGGCACCCAAUACCUUCAGAUCCCUGGCGGUGCGGUACAGUUCCUGGCGCUGUUGGGCGGUGGCAUCGUUUGUUCGAAGUGGCCUAACUUGCGAUGUAUCACUAUGAUUGUGGCAAACACCAUCUGCAUUGUUGGCUCGGCAAUGCUUGUCGGUCUGCCCAACAGCAACAAAUGGGGCCGCCUGGUCGGGCUGUGGCUGUGCUAUUUCCAGGGCCUGGGCUUCAGUAUGAGUCUCACCAUGGUGAGCUCCAAUGUUGCUGGAUACACCAAGAAGCAGCUCACCGCGGCCAUCCUGUUUACUGGAUAUUGUGUCGGCAAUAUCAUCGGGCCUCAGACUUUCAAGUCCAAAGAAGCACCCCAUUACCAUUCGGCUUACGUUGCAAUGUUGGUCGGGUAUAUCAUCAAGUUGAUGUCAAUUACCGUGCUUUACAUUUACAUGUACAUGGUGAACAAAAAGCGGGACCGGGAGGCCGCCGCCGCAGGAAUUCAGGAUGCCGAUGAAGUGAAACAGGCCAUCGAGCACGGUAUGCACGAUGCCACAGAGCUAGAUAACAAGGGUUUCAGAUACACCCUUUAG